CAACUCUAAAACAAAAGCAAAACAAAGCAAACUAACAAACUACUUUCAUUGCGGAAGUCAGCGUGUGCUUUACACUGUAUUCACAUGGUUUAAAGGUUGAAAGUAUUCAAAAUUGCACAGCUUAAUAAGUCUACGUGUAGGACGUUUUUUUUCUCCCCACAUUUUCUUUCACGAUGUUUACUUUCCUGCAAAUUUUUGGACAGCAAAACUCAAGAACCGAAACGUAUGAUAUUUUGGUGAAAAAUAAACUGUGUCUUGUUUAGGUUUCACUUCCUGGGAUGUCUCGCUGUCAGUUUACCAGUAGCCAGUAUGCUCUUGUUUAAAUUUAAAUAAAAAUGGAUACAUGUUUACAACACGAUCGAGUCAGCAAUGACUGUAUGAAAAACGAAAAAUUAAUGGACGAAUAUCUGCGAUCUCAGGGGUUGUAUCGAAAGGAAAUUGCAAAGGAUGGGUCCUGUCUGUUCAGAGCAGUGGCUGAACAGAUACUUCAUUGUCAGAAUCGACAUCUAGAAGUAAGACAUAGUUGUGCAAGUUACUUAAGAAGGAACAGAUCAAAAUACGAAGCGUUCAUUGAAGGGACAUUCGAGGAAUACCUGAAGCGACUGGAAAAUCCACAGAUCUGGGUUGGAGAAGUGGAAAUAAGUGCCUUGUCUCUGAUAUACAAGCACGAUUUUUUAAUCUACCAGGAACCAGGAAAACCUCCGGUCAAUAUAACUGAAAACAACUUCCCUGACAAGGUUAGUCUAUGUUUCCUAAAUGGAAAUCACUAUGACAGUGUCUACCCCAAGCAGUUUACUGAAGCUGCAGCUUUAUGUCAGUCUAUCGUGUAUGAACUGCUGUAUGAGAAGGUGUUGGGAGUGGAUAGCAGCAAACAAACUUCCAGUCUUCAGAGCUGCAGUGAGUCCGAUCAAGAUGCGCGUGAGGAAUGUGACAGCAGUGAUGAGUCUGAUUUGGAUGCUGGGGAUGCCUAUUGGACUGAAGGAGCUGCUGAAUCUGCUGACAUGAAUACAUUCCGGUCCAGGUAUAAUAAGCAGGCCCCUAAGGAUUCCAGUCCUGCUUCUGCCCCCCUAUCCAGGAGGGUGCUCCAGUCUCUUGACCCAGCAGUAUACAGGAAUGUGGAGUUUGAUGUCUGGUUAAAGUCUAAAAGAGCCCAACAAAAAAUGGAUUAUUUCAUAGCUGCUGGAAUGCAGUACACCACUGGAGACAAAUGCAAGGUACGUUUGGAACCCAGUGGGAGGUUCUAUAAAGCUUACAUUCAAGAAGUCAGCCAUGAUGAUGGUCCCGUGGUGGUUUUUGUUGAAGAACUUGGAGCGAAGUACUCGAUUCCACUGAAAAACCUCCGUCCACCAUCAGAGGAGAGCCCUGCUAGUGGCUGGAGUACAGUGGCAGAGAAGAAAGCCAAGAGACCCGGCCCUGUGACUGAGCAGAAUCUGCACUCCGAUGCUGCUGACUAUAGGGGAGUGAAGCAGCCAACAAAAGCAACCAAACCCCGACCAGCAGGGCCUCCAAAACAUCAGCAAGCUGUGCCGACCAGAGCCUCGCAGCACUCUGGUCCUGCAGGGCAGGCUCCACACUCUCCUACUGAGCAGAAACAAGGCAGCAGGACUUCUCCACAGACUGCAAGAUCCUUGGCCUCUGUACCUUUUUGGAGGAGCAGAUGUUUUUACUCCAGGCCAGCUUCAGGCUUUGGCUUCAAGGGACCAAAGCAGUAUUCCUUUAAGGGUAGAUUUAGGAAAUGUGACCUAGACCCUGGAUUUUCCUGCACUCCAGCAGAGAACAGAUACUUUGGUCUGUCACCGGGAGAGCGCAAAGCUAAAGAAGCUAAAGAACAGUUGCGAGCGCUGUUUGAGAUCCAGCACAGGGAUGAGCAAGCCUUUCCAGCACUCGGUAACCAGAAUGUUUGUCAAACCGCCACUCAAAGCAGUGACGCCAAUAAUCCAAAGAAAACCCAGAGUACCGAGAAGCAGCCCUCAAGGCGGCGAGUAGAGUCGCAGGAACCCAGAGAGAAAGACCCAAAGAAUCAACGUGUCAAACAAGGACUGAAAGUUGAGCAAAAUAAAUCUCAGAUAACAAAUGUUGGUGAAAAAUACCAAAAAGCUGUUUCCCCUUCUGAACCAACCAAAGCACAAAACCCAAUUUCUACCCUGCAGGAUUUCAGCAAUCCUGGGCCGACAGGUCCUGCUCCUGUUGCUCCUGACAGAUCGCAGCCUCCCAUCUCUUUCUCUUCCCCUUGCUUGCCAGCGGACCCGCCACCGUACGAGGCUGCAACCUGCUGUCAAACAGGUAUUUCGCCAGUACCUAAUGCACCUACCAUGGUGCCCAGCCCCAUGAUGUCGCAAGGUAAUGUGAUGACGGCCCCGAAUGCCCCACUUCCUGUUCCUCUACCGGCUACAGGCCAGCCCUCGGUGCCAUUGUCUGAGGUCUUUGCCUUGUACCAGGACCUCCUGUACCCUGGGUUCCCAUGUAAUGAAAAGGGAGAGGGUGUCCCUGCACCACUGUAUUCCUACUGUAAAAAUGGGGACGAUCUUCCAAAUGAUAAAUGCAUUCUAAGGUUCUUUUUUAACCUGGGCUUAAAGGCUUACAGUUGUCCCAUGUGGCCACCCCAUUCCUACCUCUAUCCCCUGCAUCAGGCUCAUUACAAUGCCUGUGCAAUGCAGCCCAAAAUGCCUGGCCCUGCUUCCUAUGCAACUGCUUGGUUCCCAGAGGGCACUGCCGCAAAUCAAAGUGUCAACUCCACCCCAGCCAACUGCACCAUGCCGAUUCAAGACCACAGGGACCCACCCUUGCCAGCUGCUGGAAGAGCUCAUGGUCAGUGUGAACAAACUGAUAACGCAACACAACCACCACCAACACCUCCCCCAGCAACUGUAGUAACUCCAUCUCCGGAUGGAGAGCCCUGCUCAGAUGUAAAUUACUGUGUUGAAAGCCUACCAUACAGUAGCAAUAACCAAAUGCCUACUAUGCCACUUCCCCUUGUACACAUGGGGGGACUCCAAUGGCCAACAUAUGGGCCGAAUGUGUUGUUGGGGCGCUAUCCUGUUACCCCUUCAAUGUAUCCACCUUUCCACUUGGGAUACCCAAUCCAGGAGUUUCCUGUUGGAAACCCCACUGCCGAAGAAUAUUUCGAAGUCAGUCCUGCGGAUGAGGAGGAAAGAGCUAGCCCAGUAGUAGAAAAUUUAGCCAUUAAAGACAGUGGUCAUAACGUUUCCACUGUACAAAGUGAGGGAGGGCUUGGUGAGCCAAAAAAGGAAGUGCACUUCCAAAAGCCACUUCCCCCGGCAACAAGUGCUGCUGAGGAACGGGCACAUCAGGUUUUGUCAUCCAAGGAACUGCCACUCGAUAAGAGCAAACAGGGUGUUGAUUCUGUGGCAGAGCCCCCAUCAGCACAGCCUGUAUCAGAGACUGAAACAGGGGCUGCCACUAAAGCUGUGUACAGCCCUGUGCAGUUAGUAGCAGGUAGCACGCCACCAUUAUUUACUUUUGGUCAAACAAGUCUAGAUAGGGAAUGGGUUACCAAUGAGAGAGGCAGCAGCGGUAGAAAGGGGGCUGAUCCUAAAGAUGUAGCGAUAGAGCAAGAAACUGGUAAUCCACUCCAUGGCAGUCAUCUUGUCAAGGAGCAUUUGCAGUAUGAAGGUGACCACGUUGGUGCAACAUGGAGCAAGAGCCGGUCUUACUACAACCGAUCCUUUAAGGAUAGGAAAAGGUUUGAUGAUAGAUGGACGGCUGACAGGAGAGAGUAUAGAGGUAGAGGGUCUAGAGAUGGGAGAGUUUACAGGGAUCCAGAAUUUGCUGAGGAGAAAUUUGAUCAUCAGAACUCUGGUCAUACAGUUAAUGUGGAUAAGAGAGGCCACUAUAAAAGGGCUCGAGGGUACAGACGAGAAAGAGGGCAUAACCAGCACUGUAAUGAGGACUGGAGUUACAGAGGUAAAUACCGGAGGAAAAUGGAAGAGCCAGAGGAUUUAGACCCUGAUGCUCCUGUUUGAAUCUUUAUAGAUCUCUGGCCUUUUGGUCAGUGUAAUGCUUAUCAAUUACAUUCUCAGAAAAUAUGAGUCAGUGGUUUGAAAUUAUUUAUUAUUAUAUUUGUUUAUUUUUAGCGGACGCCUUUAUUCAAGGCGACUUACAGAGACUAGGGUGUGUGAACUAUGCAUCAGCUGCAGUCACUUACAACAACGUUUCACCUGAAAGACUGAGCACAAGGAGGUUAAGUGACUUGCCCAGGGUCACUCAGUGAGUGAGCCGGGAUUUGAACCAGGGACCUCAUGGUUACAAGCCCUUUUCUUUAACCACUGGACCACACAGCCUUCUGUGUGAAAUUACACCUCUUUCAUUUUUGUUACUCCUGCUAAAAUAGAAAACCAAACAAUGGUAUAACUUUUUUAAAUACCUGCCAUUUGUGUAGUGAAAGGGAUAUUUAUAAAGCAAAGCACCACUAAGUUAAAGUAAGUUACUGCUUUUAAUAUGUAAAUAUCUGUUAACGUCUUGUGUGUGUGUGUGUGUGUGUGUGUGUAUAUAUAUAUAUAUA